CCAGAAACCUGGAAUUUUGCUCAUCUCUCAGCUCUCACUUUAUUGGCCGAAAAUGCUGUCCAACCCCAUGCAGAAUGUGAUUGGUGCAGUGAAAGUACAAGAAGAGUUUUGACUAUUUAUAAACAUUUGAUUUCGAUUCGAACAGCUUCUACUUUCUGUGAUACAUCUGACCAAAGUUGGCCAGACCACUUAAACCGUGUUCACUUCAAUUAUUCUCCCUUGACAACAUACCCCCAGGUAACAAUCUUCAACCAAUCCAAAGGCCAUGUCCCUCAAUUGAUAAGUAUGUAAACAACCAGCCUCCCCGAUCUUUUAAAGAGCCCAAUAGUUUCUUACACUUGUUAAAAACCAAGGCACCACAUGCAGGAGAAGUUGAAUUCGAUUGUACAAUUCAACUUGCCAUUAUUUCGCAAUGUACAAAUGUUAUGAAUAAAGGGCAGCUUUGUUUUAUGUUUUGGAGAGCAGACUAGCAAAAGGGAAGCACAAUUUGGAGAAAUGGCAGACAGGGCCUUUGACAUUUGGAGUGACUAUCUAGGAUUGAGUAAGGUUAUGGACAGCAUCGUACAAUCGCGGCGCAGACAAACCCUUUGGCAACUUGAGCCGGACGAGAGACGAUUGGGAACCGGGGAGACGGUGGGACGUGAUCUGAAGGCUCAGUUACAACACAAGCCAGAGGGUCUGAGGAAUCACAGCUUAACCAUGGAACUCGGGACUGGGCUUUUCUUGACGAUAAACGUCAAAGACAUUGAAGACAGGUCCUGCAGAGGUGAAACAAGCAGACAGCUUGCUGCUCCUGUCCAAUCUCAGCACCCAGCUGCUUUCACCACUGGCGAUGCAAGCAUGGGGAGACAGCCCGGCCCUAGGAGUCUGGCGCAGGCAGACAUGCUGGAAGCUCUUGUUCAGUCAAUUCCAGCCAACCCUGGAAGUCGAGGGCGCCCGGCUGAGUUUACAACAGGACCCGGCCUUGAGGGCAGCUCCCCUUCUCCCCAGGUAGAAACCAGGAGACCUGAAGUGACCGGCACACAGACCGCCUGCAGGAUCGGCCAGGCUUUACUCAUCUGCACCUUCUGUAAGCAAAACGGGGAGUCCAGGAAGAUCUACGCCUCGCAUGUUCUUAAAGACAAGGAUGGCAGGACAAUGUGCCCGAUCCUGCGCAGGUACACUUGCCCAGUGUGUAAGGCAACUGGGGACAGCGCACACACCAAACGCUUCUGUCAGUCGCUUCGAGAAAACUACAGGUCAACUUACAACAAAACAUCAAGGGACACUGCAUGCACCAAUAAGAUGGAGAAACUAUUUAAGAAAUAGUCUGUUCGAUGCAUCUGGCAUUCAGUAAGCUUUGAUUUGGGGUGUGUAAGUAAAUAUUUGUGACAGGCGGUAGUUUAUUUGGGAAGUCAGCCGUUACCAUCGCUGAAUAAAUGUUGUAGGUUUCUGUUUACUGUUUUU